AUGUCCAGACCACAACUCCUCUCGCGUCCGUCGAGCGUGGUGGCGCAGAAAAAGACCAUCAUCCUCGUGACGGGCGGAAACACGGGCAUCGGUUACGAAAUCGUCAAGAAGCUCGCGCGCGACAGCCCCACCAACCAAGUCCUCAUGGCGUGUCGGGACACGCACAAGGGCGAAGAGGCCGUGGCGGCCAUGGGCGCCCCUCUCAACGUGAACCCCAUCCAACUGGACAUCACCGACGACGAGUCGAUCGAGCACUGCUUCCUCGCCGUCCAGCAGCACUUUGGCAAGCUCGACGUGCUGGUCAACAACGCCGGGACCGCGGCGCAACAUCUGGGCCCGGACGCGACGCUACGGGAGAGAUUCGACCUCUGCAUGAACGUGAAUGUCACUUCCACGGCCGUGUUGACGGACAAACUGGCGCUGCUGCUCGAAAAGUCGGCCCUGCCCAAGGUGAUCUUCAUUUCCUCGACCGUGGGCUCCAUCCAGACGAACCUCAAGGCCCUCACGUACAAGGGCGUGUGGUACAACGCGAGCAAGACCGCCGUCAACAUGCUGGCUGUCCACUACGCGAAAGUGUACCCGAGGUGGAAGGUCAACAGCGUGUGCCCGGGGUAUCGGGCCACAGGGCUGAAUAAUGCAGAAUUGACCGACGAGACAGACCCAAGGCUGGGCGCCGUGCGGGCUGCCGAGUUGGUAGCUGAAGGCCCGGACGGUGUGACGGGGACGUUUUCGCGAGCCGACGGUCCGGUACCAUGGUGA